AACUAGGUGAAUGAAGGAAUUUUUAAGAAAUAGAAAGAAGUCGCUAGCUAAUUUAUGCGAGACAGCGUCUUUAUUUUGAGAUUCAAUUGCCUAACUUUUACUGAUAGUUUCGAAAUAAUACGCGGUGCCCUUGUACAUCAAUCCUAUUUGGUUUGCGGGGACAAAAUUUGAAAAUUAUUAUUGUAACCAAGUGAUCGUAGUGUAUAAAAUUACCGAAAUGGGUGAUCAACAAUUCUUCCUCAAAUGGAACGACUUCCAGACAAAUAUGGUGACAUCUUUCAGGCAUUUGAGAGAUGAAAAGAGCUUUACGGACGUAACCCUGGCAUGCGAAGGCCAAACAUGCAAAGCACACAAGAUGGUCCUCUCAGCCUGUAGUCCGUACUUCAAAAGCUUAUUAGAGGAGCAUGAACACUUGCAGGAAAAUCCAUCGAAGCACCCUAUAAUAAUUCUGAAGGAUGUGUCCUACCUGCACUUGCAAGCCAUCCUGGAGUUCAUGUACGCGGGAGAGGUGAAUGUCUCCCAGGAACAGUUGCCGGCUUUCCUCAAGACUGCGGCCCGGCUUAAGGUGAAGGGCCUAGCCGAGCCCCCACCACAGAUGCCCAGCAUCAAGAGAGAGGGCUAGCCCUAGUGAGCGAGUGUAAAGACAAUAGUGAACAUUAUGUACGAGAGAUACAGUAACACGUACACGUAGAAGUAAGCAUUCUGUUUCAGAUGUUACACACAUAUUUAAUACAAACUCUACCAUUAUUUCGUAGCCUUCUUGAAUUGAAAAUAAGGUUUUAAUUUGCGAUCUUGCUUCAUAGCACUAUCUGCGAAAGUAUAUUAAAAACUGCAACUUUUUUGCUCCUGCGUUCUCUUAUGGUCUUUAUACUGAUAGUUUUACAGUUUUUUGUCAUAAUCGUAAUAAUCCUUUUUUUUUUGUUGCGAGGUACUGUGUUUUGACGUAAAACAGCACUUAGGGUAAUAAGUUGCGUUGCUUUAGAGUUGAAGAUCUGGUGAUCAGCACUUUACAUUAAUUAUUAAAGAAAAACUGCUGUCGUUGUCUAAGCGAGAGGCCGCUACGAUUUGUAUAUUGGCAUCUCGCUUUCACAACGUUAAGAGUCCCUCUUUAAUCGUUUUUGUAGCAGUCACUGAUCUUAUAGUGCCUUUUACUACCUUGAGGUGCGUAUUACAUACCCUGAAAAAGUGCUUUUCUAUAUUAUUAGUGCAUCACAGUAAUAAUGUGCCUUAGUACUAGAAUCGCAAUAAAAUCUGUGUAGUUUAAAUGUGUGAUAUCAAAGUAAUGUCUUUAACAGAAUGAGUGAUAUCUAUGUACCACAAUUAUAAUAACUAACUACCCCCAUUGCACUUCGUCUCGUUUCUUUAGCCAGUGGCGUCUAAGUUCAAAUAUACAUAUUUACAAUGUUCAAAUUGCACGUGAAUCUCAAAUGAUCCCAAAUAGAAAAGCAUAAUAGGUCCAAUUAUCUUUAAUAUAGUACUCUAUUCAUAAAAAUACAUGUUAUAUCAAUAAAAUAUUAUUAAACAGUUAGUAUCUAAGUAAUUAAAAUUAAGAAAAAACUUUGAUUGUGUUUGACCAAUAUUGGAUCCAAACUUAACAACCAAUAUCUGCUUACAAAGUAAUGUUGUUACCAAUACUGGAACCAACAUUUAAUGCCAACAUUGUUUUGCUAACUACGCCACUGGCACUUAACCUUCGACCUAUUUUCAAUAGAAUUGUGUUCACACUGCUUUUUAUCACAUUGAAACUGGUUGUCACCAGGAUCUCAUGUUUUGGGUGUUUUUUACUAUGUAUAAGUAUGAGAAAACCGGCUAUAGUGUUAGAAGAAUGUGUUAUUUUCAUAUAAUGUGACUUAUGUGCUGUGGCAAUUCGUAUUGAAGCUAACAAUUUGGUAUACAUUUCGUGACUCGCUUUCGUAUUGACGAACAGAUGUAGUAUUUGAGUAAUUUAAUUAAUAUCAAAUAAAGUAAACUCGAAUUUAUGGAAAAAAAUACAUGUUAACUCAAAAUAAAUCUUGCCCUACGAAUUACAACUUUAACUACUUGACUUAAGGUUGAAAUUCUUAAAACCAGCAACAUAAUACGAAUUCUCACAGCAUUAUAUACUUAGUACCGUACGCCAAACAUUGAUGUGGCAGUGUCAACGUGAUUCUUGGCUACGCUCCUGCCUUGUUCCGUAAGUUACCUAGCAACCAAAGUAAUUUAGUAUUUAAUAACACCAAUCCCCUAUUUCGCUAUGUCUUGCGGUAGACGAGAGAUGUGAUAUAUUAACACGGGUAUGAAAUUAUAUUAAAAAACGUACAUGAUAAUGCAACAUAACUUUAAUAAAACAUCAGUGCAAAGAUUCCAGAUUGUAAUAAAUCCAUUAUCAUGAAUACUAUUCUGAAAAGCAGAAUUUUAACGAUGCUUUUCCGGAACAUACUGUAUAUGUUGCUACUAUAUUUAUUACAUGUCACCUAAAACUAGUUGAUUAAAUGGCCAGUCCCAAAAAUAUAUAUUUCAUAUUUAUUCAACUUACAAUUAAUACAAUUAUCUACGAAAAUCACAUUUUCUCAAUCGACCGUAAGACGAAUUCUUAACCAAGAAUCGAACCCACGCUGUCACAUCAAUGCGUUAGAAACUAUCCACUCCACCAAUGGUUGCCUUACAGAUGUUUAGAUACAGCAAUAAUGUGUAUGUCGACUUUUGAAUCAACUUUUAGAAUAAAAUUCAUGACAAUUGUUCAAGUAGUUUUAGAGAAAAUUGUACUAUACAUUUGAUUUUACGCAUUCAGUUUAACGUAUUAGUCCUAGACUGCUGACAUUAUACAAUUGAACAAAUAGUAUAGAAUUAACAAUCAUUUUGCUAUUAGUCAUGUGUAACUUUGACUUGUCAUUUCGAAGGCAAUUUUAGCUCAAAAAUCAGUUAUAGCAUAUGACAUGCUAUGUAUUAUGUGUUUAGUUCGGUUGAUAUCAAAAUCAUAGGAAACCUUUAUUUUACUAGAGUACAAUAAUAUAUAAAUCAGUUUUGUAAGCAUUUAGGUACCUUAUCUGUUUAAAAUUGAGGGUUAAUGAAAAUAAUAACUCACUUAGAGCCCUUGAUCAGCAAAGUCGACAUACAAUUUGCAAUAAUUAUGUAUAACAAUGCUUUUAGAUACUUUAGGUGUUGAUAAUAAUUUCUUGUAUGUAUUAAAUACACUGUCUUAUAAGCGCAUUGCAAUAUACAUUAGAAAAAAAUCGAAUAAAGCCCGAAAAAAUAUUCUUGUGGACCGUGUAAACUUACAGGAAAGAAUUAGCUCUGCAAUACCUUGUACAGUCAUGAGGAUAAGUCCAUGGUCUAUUUUUAUAUUUUCGUUUGAAUAUAGCGUCGCUAUUUUAUGUUUGUAAGUACUGACAGCUCAUAUUAUUAGAUAAGUUAUCAUUACAAUCUCGAAUUGUAUUUUUUUUUUCGUCUUUUUUUGCUCGUGACUGUACUGGACAUACUUGCGUAAGAAUAUCGUUCUACCUUCUUAUACGAUUAGUAUGAAUGCCAAGUUGAAGAUUAAAAAUGACAUAAAUUGUGUAAAAUCAAUUUUAAUUUCUAAAACAAUGCAAUCUUUUGUUUCUAGUACAAAUGUUUGGUUUUUAUUAAUAUGUAGAACAAAUUCGCGGAUUAUUUUACAAUUUGACACAAAAUAAAUGAUAAAAAUACAUCUUUAAUUUCUCAAUCCCGUUGUACGAACAAUGCGGUCAACAUAAUUGACAUGUUGGGACCAAUAUGUGAAAUUGAAUUCUAUUUGUUUCACUGUCGGAUAAUUUUGCGAACAUGAUUUGAUGAUGUAAUAUUAUUUUGUGUUGAAUUGUAAACUUUUAGUUUUAAUAUCUUGUAAUGGGUGCAAUUUACUCUGUGCCAGCGCGUUUAUAAAUAGAGCCUAUAUGAUGUAUGAAAUCACAAGCAAUUAUCAAGUUUGUUCGAAUUCACCUUUCACAAGAAAUUAAUAUAAUUGAGUGAAUAUUUGAAACAUAACAAUUUUAUUAUAAUAAAGUAUGCCUCGAGUCAUAUUUUUAAACACGCUAUAUCGAUUCCUUAGUCUUUAAGUUUUAUAUUUCUCUUAGUUACAACUUCAGCACGAUUCUUAAAUGUCGCAUUUUUGUUCACUUUUCUCUGUAUUUGCUACGAUUUUCGGUUCAUGUGAUACUUUAAUCGAGAUAUUAAAUAACAUUAACAUUAUUAAUAAAAGAUUAUAUAAUAGAUAAUAGUUCUGUGUGAGCUUACCUUACUGUACUAUUUAGGUUAAAACCUCGAUCUUCUUAGUAUCACAUUUGACCAAGGGACCUUGACUCUUGAGGGCCUACCAACACACCUUAAAAUCAUAUUACAGUUGAGGAAGAGAGAUGCCGCUCUACACUGUGUAGUGUGCUUUCCCGCUUUCACGACUAGCAUAACUUUAAGACUUGAGGGUAGGUCCCCUAAACAGUGCUUUUAGUAUUAUUUGAGCAAAACCAUGACGUCGGUAAAACAGACUUAAGGCCGAUUUUUCAAUCGCCAGAUAAAGGCAGAUUUCUGACGAAUAUAUUUGACGUAUUGAUAGCUUUUGUAUAGAAAAUAUGACAAACGGCCAUAUUUAUUCCUCAGGUAGAAAAUAACUGAUGAUUGAAAAAUCGGCCCUUACUGUUUUACCGACAAUGCUGUUUAUCAAAGACACCAGUUAUCAAAUAAUGCUAAGAGAAUUGCUUCAUAUGUUAAGAGUGUACUCCCUACUAAAGCAUUUUAUUAUGACUGCCUAUAGUACUGUAUUCUACCGAUCCUCCCCCCCCCCCCUCAGGUAAUAAAUAACCUCGAUGUAAAUGGUUAGCAAAUGUUGUAAAAAUGUAAAUCUGAUAUUUUUAGACAAAGUUAAUGGUAUGUGCUGAAUAAUCAUGUGGUAACUAGUUGUAAUGAUUGAAAUUAUGAAAGAUUUGUAAUUUUAGAUAAUACAGAUUAAUUAUAAUAA